AUGGCUCCCGACCCGGAGGACGAGGUUGAGGACGACCUCGAGGAGGAGCCCCAGCUCGACACCUCCUUCAAGCAGACCAUCGUCGUCGACGGCCUCCCCGUCGUGCCCAAGGAGAAGCACGAGAAGCUCGCCAACGUCGUCCGCAAGUUCUUUUCGCAGGCGGGCUCGCCGCCGGGCUCGCCGCCUAACACAACAUUCUCGCAGAACAACGGCAUCAUCGCGCUCACCAAGUGCGCGUCGCGCUCGGCCGGCUUCGCGUGCGCCGGCUGGCUCAUCUUCAUCGGACUCUUCGGCAAGGUCGGCGCGGCGAUGGCCUCCAUCCCGAUGCCGAUCGCGGCGUCAUCCUCCAGGCAGCGCAACGGCGACGCAGUGCCACCCUUUCAAAAGCUUCCGUUUCCAAAGCGUAUCGGUUGCCUCUCAGUUCGCCGCAACAGCUUCAUCGUCAUGCUCUCGCUCGCCUUCGGCCUCGGCGUUGUCGCAGCCAACGGCGUCGCCUCCUUCUACGGCAAGAACCUCGACCACAUCUACGGCGAGGCGGCGCUUCCCGCCCCCUUCCCCAAAGUCGAGACCGAGGUCUCGCCGUCCUCGUGCGCCGUCGGCAACAAUGCCAUCACCGUCAGCGAGGCGGACUGCACUCUGAUCGGCGGCACGUACACGCCCGCCAUGGUCGAGACCAAGACGUGCGCCAACAAGAACGGCAACUGCUGCAAGAAGUACAACAAGGGGAUGGACUCGCUGCGCACGUCCAUCAUCCUUCACCUCAAGACGCCGUACGGCAUCGCGGCGGCUCCCCCUCCCGCGGUGUACCUGUGUUAUAGCGCUGCCAGGGCGCGCCAGUCCCGUACGGGGAUCGAAUCCGAAGGCUUGGGCGGCGGGACGCGAACAAAAGGCGGCUAUGGUUGA